AUGUAUUUGCGAUUAUUACCAUUAUUGUGUGAAGGCAUACCUGAGGUGGCACGGAAACUUUCGGCCUCAAGUCACAAUCAGGUCACAAUUAUGCAACCUCAGCCGGACCGAAUGUGUAUGACUCACGUGACCAGUUUGGGAGUUGUGGAAAUGAGUUUCAAAUUUGAUGAGGAAUUCGAAUAUCGCGGCCCGGAUGGGGAGAAACUGAAGGUGAGUCAAUAUACACCUGGGUCACAAAAUGCGGAUUACGAGGCUUAG